AUGGCGGAUGAUGAACUGUUUUGCGACGAACAACAUGACAUUCCAGAGAAAGCCUUGGCAAUCUGUCUUAGACACAAGUAUCUUCUUUGUCUUGAUUGUUUGAUUGAUAAAAAAAUUAACAUCAGACAACCGGAAUGUUAUGUAAAACAUAUAGAUAAGCUUUUGCCUAGUGAGAGACGCUUGGUUGAGGUGUUGAAAGUUAAGAAAUGCCUCGCUGAUCGGAAACGUGUUCUUAUGAGGCACACUAAAACUGUUCGCGAAGAAAUCAAUUCUUUGAAAACUAAAAUACAUUACAAGGCUCAGGAAUUGAUACACAAAGUGGAAGAAAAUGAGGCGAACACGCUGAAGGAUCUUGAAGCCCAAGCGAAGGUACUGUUUGACAGAGAUGAGAAUCAAAUGAAAAAGAUUAUAGAUUUGGAAGAUGAAACAUCUGAAGAAAUCAAACACUUCUCUACACAAGAUGAUAACCUAAAACAAAAUGAGGUUGAACAAUUGGAAGACAAGUUAAAAUAUAUUGCAAUUAUGAAAGACAAUACCGUUUCGAGUUGUUAUACUAAAAAACUGUUGUUAUCGUCUGGCGACAUAAUUGAAUUAGGUACUGUGGAAAUACUCAACCCAAUUCUUAUAAAUGAUAUGGCGGGACAGAAAAAAGAAACAAAGAACACAUGUGGAGGAGAACAAGUAUCGCAAGUUCAACCAUCUAAAUCCGCAUCUAAACCAGCGUCUACGCCUCGUAAAACCCUUAAAUAUAGCCUGUCGUCCACGGAAUCGAACGUUUCAGAAGAGGUUGAUGGUAAAAAGGUGCAUUUAGAUGGAGGUGAAAGACAAACUAAGAAACGCCUUAACUUGUUAGAGUCAAGCACACAUAAAGAGGAAAAUGAAAAUUGCGAUAGUUCCCGGGGAAAAGGCCUUUCAAAGAUCGAGUAAACCCACAACAUGGCGGACCCAGAGUUUCAUCUAUUCCCUGGUUUGAUUGGAUUGGCAAAUAAUCAUAUUCUUGUUCAUGGGAGUUCUGCUAAGGCAAAACAAUCGACAGCAUCCAUUACUAACAUUUUAGUAACUGAUCAAAAUGCGUUGGUAUUGUUUGAUCAAAACACACAUGACAUUAUUGUUUCUAAUUUUUCUGGAGAAAUCAUCAUUAAACACACGCUAUCAAAAGAUCCAAUCAAAAUGACGCAGUAUGAAGAACAUUCAUUUGCAAUUUUGAAUUGUAAAGACUUUAAGAUUCGAAUCUUUGGUGUCAAGAACAAAAACAUAUCAAUAUCGGAUGUAGAUUUGUUAAUUCCUGUCUCAGAAACAUUCCAGGUUCUUGGAUUUGAAUACGACAACAAUUACAAACAAUUUGCGUUAAGCGGGCUUGACCGAGAUGAAGGUUUGUUGAUUCAGAAAAGCGCAGCAGACAAAGAAGAGUCUAAUGUCAGCCGUAAAUUCAAAGUAUCUUCAUCACAACAAAAGUGUGACCCUGGUGACUUAAGAACACUAUAUGAUUUUGAAAGGAAUGCUGUAUACGUACUAAAUACAUCUAAGAAAACGAUAAAAUGCUUCUCAUUAAAAAAAACGUUUAAAUGGAACAAACAGUGCACUGACGUCAGUUUCGUCCCUGAUCAGAUGGUUUUUGACCAUCAGAAUCUGUACAUAACAUCGAAGGGAAACGUCACGAUAUUCUCGAAGCGUUCUGGUGAUACAAAGAGGACACGCAUGGCAUGCAUUGGGAAGUUGAAGGCAAUUUGUUUAAUAAAAAAUACGCACAUAGCAAUUGUGUCGUCUGACUCAACUGAUCCACAAACAUCAAUGACCCUUCGAUGUUUAGCCCUUCCAGAUUGUGAUAGCAUUUGAAGAAGUGCUAAGUAUUUAAAUAAAGACAUAUAACUAGAUAUAACAAAAACAAAAUGAUUCAUAUAAGUAAGAUUUAAACGGUUAAGUUAGAUUGAAUUGGGCCUGUUUAUUUGUACCUAGUUCUAGGAAAUCAGAAUCCAUUUUAUCACAAUACUUUUUUUGAAUACGUCUGCUUAAUGCAUUAUUCUUAGAAGAAAUGUUCAUGCUUAAGAUAUGGUGGAUACAUGAAUGUAUAAAUGACAUGUGAGUGACUGUUAGAUAAUAUGUAUGUUCUUCGUUUUGACAUAUGUUUAUC